AGUAGCUUCAAGUGUAUUCAAUGGUGAUUUGAGUAAAAGAAUCACUUGUCAACAUGAGCGUUAUUUCGGUACUUUACACGCUGCUGCUGCUGCUGCUACUGCUACAUCCUCCACCUCCUCCGCCUCAUCGUCCAAUGAUCAUCACGAUACCACACCCUCCACCACGCCUCCUCCUCCUCCUCAUCCUCCUUUCUUUUGUGACCCUCAUCAUCCUAUCAACACACUCAAAAAUGCCGUCAAUGAUAUGGCCGAUCGUUUACAUUCCAUUGCAGAUGAGGUCAAUUUUGUGGCUCAUGAAACCGCCGUGAAAGGAAAACUAGGUGUCCAAGCACGUUGUGGAAAAGAAAUGAAGGGUUUAUGGCUUGAUUUUGUCGUCAAUUUGAACAGCAUGACUCAAAAUCAUUUGGAACAAGUGAGAGAUAUUGCUGAUGUAUCUACCGCCAUUGCGAGAGGUGAUCUCAGUAAAGCCAUGACCGUACCUGUAAAGGGUGAAACUUUGUUGUUGAAGAAUACUUUCAACACCAUGGUCAAUCAAUUGAAUUUGUUUGCUUCUGAAGUCUCCAGAGUAGCUCAUGAAGUAGGCACAGAAGGAAAACUCGGCGCUCAAGCCAAAGUACAAGGCGCCGAUGGUAUAUGGAAAGAACUGACCGACAAUGUCAACACCAUGGCCGCCAAUCUCACCAACCAAGUACGUGAUAUUGCUCAAGUAUCGAAAUCAGUGGCUCGCGGCAAUCUCACAAAGAAAGUCACCGUGGAAGUGAAAGGAGAAAUGCUGGAUUUGAAAAAUACCAUCAACACCAUGGUGGAUCAACUGUCCAUCUUUGCAACUGAAGUCACUCGCGUAUCGCUCGAAGUAGGCACAGAGGGUAAAUUAGGAGGACAGGCCGUGGUGAAAGAUGUCGCCGGCACCUGGAAGGAUUUAACCGACAAUGUCAACAUGAUGGCUUCAAAAAUCACGGAUCAGGUCAGAGAUAUUGCUGUCGUCGCAAAAGCCGUAGCCAAAGGUGAUUUAACAAAGAAAGUCACCGCCAAUGCCCAAGGAGAAGUAUUAGAAUUGAAAAACACCAUGAAUAAAAUGGUGGAUCAAUUACAACUCUUUUCUGCUGAAGUAAGAAGAGUAUCGCUAGAAGUAGGUGUCGAAGGUAAACUCGGUGGUCAAGCCGUCGUCAACGACGUCGGUGGCACGUGGAAACAUUUGACCGACAAUGUCAAUACCAUGGCUGCCAACCUCACCACCCAGGUCCGUUCCAUUGCUGAAGUCACGAAAGCCGUUGCCAUGGGCGACCUGUCCAAAAAAAUCGAAGUCGAGACCCGAGGCGAGAUUCUUGAUUUGAAAAACACCGUGAAUGACAUGGUGGAUCAACUGCGCGUCUUUGCAUCGGAAGUCACCCGUGUCGCUCGUGAAGUAGGGACAGACGGUAAAUUGGGCGGCCAGGCGAGUGUCCCGAACGUCGAUGGCACAUGGAAAGAUCUGACCGAUAACGUCAACACCAUGGCGACCAACUUGACCACACAGGUACGUUCCAUUGCCGUCGUGACCAAAGCCGUCGCCAACGGUGACCUGUCCAAGAAAAUCGCUGUCGAUGUGCGUGGCGAGAUCUCGGAUCUGAAAGAUACCGUCAAUAACAUGGUGGACCAGCUGAGAGUCUUUGCCUCCGAAGUGACCCGUGUCGCGAGAGAGGUCGGUACCGAGGGUAAACUAGGCGGCGAAGCCAUCGUCCCCAGCGUCAGUGGCACCUGGAAAGACCUGACCGACAACGUCAAUACCAUGGCUGCCAACCUCACCACCCAAGUCCGUUCCAUCGCUAAAGUCACCAAAGCCGUCGCCAAGGGCGACCUGUCCAAAAAAAUCGAUGUCGAGACCCAAGGCGAGAUCCUCGAUUUGAAAAACACCGUCAACAGUAUGGUCGAUCAGCUGAACGUCUUUGCGGCCGAAGUCACCCGUGUCGCCAAGGAAGUCGGCACCGACGGCAAGUUGGGCGGCCAGGCCCUCGUGCCCAACGUCGAUGGCACCUGGAUGGACCUCACCGACAAUGUCAAUCAUAUGGCCACCAACCUCACCAACCAAGUGCGCUCCAUCGCUGAAGUCACCAAGGCCGUCGCUCUCGGCGACCUUUCCAAAAAGAUCGAAGUCGAAUCCGGCGGUGAAAUCUUGGACCUGAAAAACAUCGUCAACAACAUGGUCGACCAGCUGAGAGUCUUUGCUUCUGAAGUCACCCGCGUGUCCAAAGAAGUCGGCACCGAAGGCCAGUUAGGCGGUCAGGCCGUCGUCCAAGGCGUCGCAGGCACCUGGCACGAGUUGACCAGCAAUGUCAAUAUCAUGGCCGCCAAUCUCACCAGCCAAGUGCGAUCCAUUGCGGAAGUCACCAAGGCCGUCGCUCUCGGCGAUCUGUCCAAAAAGAUCGAAGUCGAAUCCGGCGGCGAAAUCCUCGAGCUCAAGAACAUUGUCAAUAACAUGGUCGAUCAGCUGCGCAUCUUUGCCUCCGAGGUCACGCGUGUGUCCAAGGAAGUAGGCACCGAAGGAAAGCUGGGUGGCCAAGCGACCGUGCCCAAUGUAGCCGGUACCUGGUACGAGCUCACAGAUCACGUCAACAUCAUGGCGGCCAAUCUCACCACCCAAGUCAGAUCCAUCGCCGAGGUCACCAAAGCCGUUGCUUUGGGCGACUUGUCCAAGAAGAUCGAAGUGGAGACCCGCGGCGAGAUUCUCGAGCUCAAAGACAUCGUCAACGACAUGGUAGACCAACUACGUAUCUUUGCUUCGGAAGUUACACGUGUCGCACGUGAAGUCGGUACCGACGGUAAGCUCGGAGGCCAAGCCAGCGUGCCCAAAGUAGCCGGUACCUGGAUGGAUUUGACAGAUAACGUGAAUCAGAUGGCGGCUAAUUUGACCACUCAAGUCAGAUCCAUUGCCGAAGUCACCAAGGCCGUCGCUUCCGGCGACUUGUCCAAAAAGAUCGAAGUAGAAACCCGAGGCGAGAUCUUGGAUCUGAAAAACACCGUGAAUGAAAUGGUCGAUCAAUUGAGAGUCUUUGCCUCGGAAGUCACAAGAGUAGCGCGUGAAGUAGGCACCGAAGGCAAGUUGGGCGGUCAGGCGCGAGUGCCUAAUGUCGAUGGUACCUGGAAGGACCUGACCGACAACGUCAACACCAUGGCUACCAAUCUCACCAACCAAGUCAGAUCCAUUGCUGAAGUGACCAAAGCCGUUGCCUUGGGUGAUCUCUCCAAGAAGAUUGAAGUAGAAUCGGGUGGUGAAAUAUUGGAUCUGAAGAACAUUGUCAAUUCGAUGGUCGACCAGCUGCGUAUCUUUGCUUCCGAAGUCACACGCGUAGCCAAAGAAGUAGGCACAGAAGGUAAACUGGGCGGUCAGGCCACUGUGGAAGGCGUAGCAGGCACUUGGAUGGACCUUACCGAUAAUGUCAACACCAUGGCCGCUAAUCUGACGACGCAAGUACGAUCGAUUGCACAGGUCACAAAGGCAGUAGCGAAGGGUGACUUGUCAAAGAAGAUUGUUGGUGUCGAGACACGUGGUGAAAUGCUCGAUUUGAAGGAUACCAUCAAUGACAUGGUCGAUCAACUGAAUGUAUUCGCUGCAGAGGUCACGCGUGUCUCGAAAGAAGUAGGCACGGAGGGCAAGUUAGGUGGCCAAGCCGUCGUCCAAGGCGUCGCCGGUACGUGGUACGAAUUGACCAAUAACGUCAACAUCAUGGCCGCUAAUCUAACAAGUCAGGUCCGAUCCAUUGCAGAGGUCACCAAGGCGGUGGCGCUGGGCGAUUUAUCCAAGAAAAUUGAAGUAGAGUCAGGUGGCGAGAUUUUAGACCUCAAAAAUAUCGUGAAUAACAUGGUGGAUCAGCUUCGUAUAUUUGCUUCAGAAGUCACCCGUGUAUCAAAAGAAGUCGGCACCGAGGGGAAGCUCGGUGGCCAGGCCGUAGUCCAAGGUGUGGCGGGUACCUGGAAUGAGUUGACAGACAACGUCAAUAUCAUGGCAGCCAACCUCACCUCUCAAGUAAGGUCGAUUGCCGAAGUCACCAAAGCGGUCGCGAGUGGAGACUUGUCCAAGAAGAUUGAUGUUGAAACGCGCGGUGAGAUUCUCGAUUUGAAAAUCACGGUAAACUCCAUGGUGGAUCAGCUACGUAUCUUUGCUUCUGAAGUAACGCGUGUCGCCAAGGAAGUCGGUACAGAAGGAAAAUUAGGCGGACAAGCUACUGUAGAAGGUGUCGCCGGUACCUGGAUGGAUUUGACUGAUAAUGUGAACACCAUGGCUGCUAAUUUGACCACUCAAGUGCGAUCCAUCGCUCAAGUCACCAAAGCGGUUGCCAACGGUGACCUCUCCAAAAAGAUUGAUGUAGAGACCCGCGGUGAAAUUCUUGAUCUAAAAGACACAGUCAAUGGGAUGGUGGAUCAGUUACGUAUUUUUGCGUCUGAGGUAACUCGUGUGUCUAAAGAAGUGGGCACCGAAGGUAAACUAGGCGGACAAGCGACCGUCCCCAACGUUGCUGGUACUUGGUUCGAGCUCACGGAUAAUGUGAAUAUCAUGGCUGCUAAUUUAACAAACCAAGUACGAUCCAUUGCAGAAGUAACGAAAGCCGUUGCUUUAGGUGAUUUGUCCAAGAAAAUUGAGGUGGAAUCAGGUGGCGAAAUCCUAGAAUUGAAGAAUAUCGUCAAUAACAUGGUAGACCAGCUGCGUAUCUUUGCUUCUGAAGUCACACGCGUUUCGAAGGAAGUCGGUACUGAAGGAAAACUAGGAGGCCAGGCUUUCGUCCAAGGUGUAGCAGGCACCUGGUACGAAUUGACGGCCAAUGUAAAUAUCAUGGCUGCCAAUCUUACAACUCAGGUACGUUCCAUUGCAGAAGUGACAAAGGCAGUAGCGAGCGGUGAUUUGUCAAAGAAGAUUGAAGUAGAGACCCGUGGUGAAAUCUUGGAUUUAAAGAAUAUUGUCAAUUCCAUGGUUGAUCAGCUGAGAGUGUUUGCUUCAGAAGUAACACGCGUUGCGCGUGAAGUAGGCACAGAAGGCAAGUUGGGCGGUCAGGCGAGAGUGCCUAAUGUCGAUGGUACCUGGAAGGACCUUACCGAUAACGUCAACACCAUGGCAACCAACUUGACCAAUCAAGUCAGAUCCAUUGCUGAAGUGACCAAAGCGGUCGCGUUAGGUGAUCUCUCCAAGAAGAUUGAAGUAGAGUCUGGUGGUGAAAUAUUGGAUCUGAAGAACAUUGUUAACUCUAUGGUGGAUCAGCUUCGUAUAUUUGCAUCAGAGGUAACAAGAGUAGCUAAAGAAGUCGGUACAGAAGGUAAACUGGGUGGUCAAGCGAAGGUCGAAGGAGUUGCUGGUACCUGGAUGGACCUUACUGAUAAUGUGAAUACCAUGGCUGCUAAUUUAACUACACAAGUGCGCUCGAUCGCUCAGGUGACAAAAGCUGUAGCGCUGGGUGAUUUGUCAAAGAAAAUUGAAGUCGAAACGCGAGGUGAAAUUUUGGAACUUAAAGAUAUUGUCAACGGCAUGGUGGAUCAGUUACGCAUUUUCGCGUCCGAGGUGACACGUGUGUCGAAAGAAGUCGGUACCGAAGGUAAGCUGGGCGGUCAAGCGUUUGUCCAAGGCGUAGCAGGCACAUGGUACGAGCUUACAAAUAAUGUCAAUAUCAUGGCGGCGAAUCUGACAAACCAAGUCAGAUCGAUUGCGGAGGUAACCAAAGCAGUUGCUCUAGGUGAUCUAUCCAAGAAAAUUGAGGUUGAAUCUGGUGGUGAGAUUCUAGAUCUAAAGAAUAUCGUGAAUAACAUGGUAGACCAGUUGCGUAUAUUUGCAUCCGAAGUCACACGUGUGUCCAAAGAGGUUGGUACUGAGGGCAAGUUGGGUGGUCAAGCCGUUGUACGAGGCGUAGCAGGGACUUGGAAGAAUUUAACGGAUAAUGUCAAUACGAUGGCGGCUAAUCUUACUACACAAGUUCGUUCGAUCGCUGAGGUCACCAAGGCUGUAGCGAAUGGUGAUCUGUCAAAGAAGAUUCACGUCGAGACCCGAGGUGAAAUUUUGGAUCUCAAGAUUACGGUCAAUUCUAUGGUGGACCAACUGCGUGAAUUCUCCUCAGAAGUCACCCGUGUUGCUAGAGAAGUCGGUACCGAAGGUGCCUUGGGCGGGCAGGCUAAUGUACAGGGUGUUGCUGGUACAUGGAAGGACUUGACCGAUAAUGUGAACACGAUGGCCACAAAUUUAACUACGCAAGUGCGUUCUAUUGCCGUUGUCACAAAAGCGGUAGCCAAGGGUGAUCUUUCUAAAAAGAUCGAUGUUGAAACCAGAGGUGAAAUCAGAGAAUUAAAGGAAACUGUGAAUGACAUGGUGGAUCAACUCCGUGUUUUUGCUGCCGAAGUGACAAGAGUGGCUAGAGAAGUAGGAACAGAAGGUAUGCUUGGUGGUCAAGCUACUAUCGUUGGUGUCGAUGGCACUUGGAAAGAUCUCACCGAUAAUGUGAACCUCAUGGCCAGUAAUCUAACUGACCAGUUGAGAGCUAUUGCAGCUGUUUGUAAAGCUGUUGCUCAGGGUGAUUUAAGUAAGAAGAUUGAAGUUGAAGUGCACGGUGAAAUUGCCGAAUUGAAAAAUACGAUCAAUACGAUGGUGGAUCAAUUGAGCUCCUUCGCCUCAGAAGUUACGCGUGUUGCUAAGGAAGUCGGUACAGAAGGCAAAUUAGGUGUUCAAGCUCAAGUAGAAGACAUUGAGGGCCUAUGGCGUGAUAUCACUAGCAAUGUCAAUACAAUGGCCUCGAAUUUGACUACACAAGUCCGUGCUUUUGCACAAAUCUCUGCGGCCGCUACAGAGAACGACUUUUCUCGUCUCAUUACUGUUGAAGCUUCCGGCGAAAUGGAUUCCCUAAAGACAAAGAUUAAUCAAAUGGUUGGCUCAUUGCGCGAUGCCAUUCAAAAGAACAGAUUGGCAAGAGAAGCAGCUGAAUUGGCCAACCGUUCCAAGAGUGAGUUUUUAGCCAACAUGAGUCAUGAGAUUCGAACACCUAUGAAUGGUAUUAUCGGUAUGACAUCGCUUACUUUAGAAACGGAAUUAAAUAGACAGCAAAGAGAGAAUUUGAUGAUUGUAUCAAGCCUCGCCAAUAGCCUUCUUACUAUCAUCGAUGAUAUUUUGGAUAUCUCCAAAAUCGAAGCUGGCCGUAUGACAAUUGAAUCUAUUCCUUUCUCACUUCGUUCUGCUGUAUUCAGCGUACUGAAAACACUUGCUGUGAAGGCAAAUCAAAAGAAAUUGGAUCUCAUUUACCACGUCGACCAGUCUAUUCCUGACCAGCUCAUCGGUGAUCCUCUUCGUUUACGUCAAGUUAUUACAAACUUGAUUGGUAAUGCCGUCAAAUUUACAACACAGGGCGAGGUUGUUCUUCGUACCCGAGCUGUACGCAUGGAGGAUAAUACGGUUCGAUUAGAGUUUUGUGUUAGCGAUACGGGUAUUGGUAUUCAAGAGGACAAAUUAAAUGUUAUCUUUGAUACUUUCUGUCAGGCUGAUGGAAGUACUACACGAGAAUAUGGUGGUACUGGCCUUGGUUUAUCGAUUUCACGGCAUUUAGUACAGCUUAUGGGAGGCGAUUUAUGGGUAGAAUCGAAGUAUGGCAGAGGUUCAGAAUUCUACUUUACUGUGAAUCUUUUGCGCUAUAGCCUUGAGCAAAAAGAGGUUAUUGAAAAAAUCCGACGUUUCCGUCACAGACGCAUUCUGUUUGUGGAUACAAUGGGCGACGUUACUGGUGUAUUGGAAAAAGUCAAUAUUUUGGGGCUAAAACCAUAUCAAGUGCAUAGUAUAGAAGAAGCAGCGAGUAUAUCCGAAGCUAAUUCAAGCAAAGCUAAGCACACGCCUUUCUUCGACACGGUUAUUAUUGAUAAGAUGGCCUUAGCAGAAAAGAUUCGUGAAAUUGUUCCUUUACGUUACACUCCAAUUGUUCUUAUUGCUCCUGAAGUCCAGCUUUUGAAUAUGAAGUUGUGCAUCGAUCUAGGUAUAACAGGUUACAUCAACUCUCCCACUAACCUUGCGGAUAUGUCAGCUGUGCUAUUGCCCGCAUUAGAAAGCCAUGCUGCUCUUCCUAGCGAUGCUUCCAAGACUGUCCCGCUAAAGGUAUUGCUAGCCGAAGAUAAUGAUGUUAAUCAAAAGCUCGCUGUGCGUAUCUUAGAGAAGUUUGGUCACCAAGUGAAGGUGGUGGCCAAUGGUAAAUUGGCCGUAGAGGCCUACGAGGCACAGAUGUUUGAUUUGAUAUUGAUGGAUGUUCAGAUGCCUGUGAUGGGCGGUUUCGAAGCCACGCAGAAAAUUCGCGAAAUAGAGCGUAAUCAAAACAAUAAUGCGCACAUUCCUAUUAUUGCUUUAACUGCUCAUGCUAUGAUAGGCGACCGAGAGAAGUGUUUACAAGCAGGAAUGGAUGAAUACGUCACAAAACCAUUAAGAUUCCCCGAAUUAAUCGCUGCUAUCAAAAAGUUUGCACCACAGUCUGCGCAUAUGAUGUUGGAAAGCAAAAACAAGGCCUCGAAGAAGUAAAACUCAUUUGCAGCUUUAUUAACUUAUAGAAUUUCGUUCAAUAAUUUAUACAAGAGUAACUCCUGAGUUACAAGUAAUACUGCCCAGUCAUAUACUUGCUGUUGUGAAUUCGUUAUACCUCUUUCUCCGUUAUGUACAUAUAAAUAAAGUCUGUAAUCUCGUUUAAACAAAAAAGAAAAAGACAAAAUAAAAAGCAGGUGCGAAGUUGCUCUGGUUGGGAAGUCGAACACAACAAUAAGUUAUUGUUUAGCUUAUAUUUGUGUUUGAUUCUGUGCUGGC